AUGAGUAAUGGUGAUCUUUUGAAAAAAUGUCAACGUUUUAAUAUGAUUAAAAGCAAGCUUCAAAAGAAGAAUCGUUACAAUGACAUAGUAUGUCUUGACAAAUAUUCAAUCAACAUUAAUGGAUAUGAUUCUAAAAAUAUCCUGAGUUAUAUACGUGCUAAUCAAAUGAUUAAUAAGUAUGGUGAUGAAAAGGAAAGAAAAAUUAUUAUGUGUCAGACACCAAUACAGACAACAGUUGAUGAUAUGUAUGACAUGAUUUUUAGAUACAAGAUCGGAAUCAUUGUCAUACUUGUCAAUGUUAAUGAAAUAAAAGUGCAAAAUAAGUGCUAUCCUUAUUUUCCUGCAGAUGUUAAAGAUAUGAAAACAAGCAGAUAUACUGUCUUGUAUAUUGAUAAGAAAGUUGAUGAAGUAAAUCAUAUUAUUGAAUAUGAUUAUACAAUUUAUAAUAAUAAAAAUGUAGCAAGUAAUUUUAAAUUACUUUAUUACAUUAGUUGGCCUGAUAAAAGCAUACCUAAUGAAAGUAAAACUAUUCAUAAACUGUACAAAAAGAUUAUAAAUCUUUACAAUGAUCGUUAUAUAGCGAUUCAUUGUAGUGCAGGAAUAGGAAGAACUGGAACAUUAGCGUUAGCUAUAUUUAUGAUCGAUAUGAUCAAUUCCGGUAAACUUUUUGGAGACUCUUCGAAUGCAUCGUUAUAA